CUAUUCUUCCUCUUUUUCGCCGGCAGCGUCGCUACACAAUAACUGAUACCAAUCAGGAAACUUUCACUUUCAUCACAACACCUACCAGCUUCUGCUAAGGAUUAACAGAAGCUCACCACCCUCCUGUUUGCCAUGCAAAUCAAGGCACCCCCAGGCUUUGUGCCUGAUGAUUCUAGGGCCAGACAGAUCCAUGCUCCAGCAGUCCACGCCCGUUACAGGAAGUUUGACCUUUACCGCAAUGUCCAGCAGUUUUAUUUUAUUGACAACCAUGCUAUUCAGGUGGCACAAACAGAACAUGACAACUUCACUGACCUGAUCUACCACCUGGUUUACAGUCAAAACCUGCAGGCUGACCUGGACAAAUGCAGAGUGAUUUUUCGAUGGAUGACAUCAAAGAACAUGUACACCAUUUCUUUCCGAGAUGGAGCCAAGCCUAACAGCCCAGAGGAAGUUCUUCUCUCUUUUAAAAACAAGCAAGGCACAUAUGCCAGAAUUUUUGAAAUCCUAUGUCGCUUUGCUGGAGUUCACUCCAUUGUGCUGACUGGGUAUGCCAAAGGCUUGGACUAUCGCCCUGGAGACAAGUUCAAGGGCAAUGAGUACAACCACAGCUGGAAUGCAGUCCUGAUAGACAACAACUGGUACCUGGUUGACUCACACUGGGCCACUAGGUACCUGGUCUCAGAGAAGAACAUGCCAGAAAACUUGGUGUAUGAGUAUGAUGACUUCUAUUUCCUGACUGACCCGGAACAGCUGAUCUACAGCCACUGGGCCCACAAGAAUGAGUGGCAGCUGCUCAACACACCAGUGACCCUGCAAGACUUUGAGAACCUGCCUCUGGUCAAGUCCUAUUUCUUCAAGUGUGGCAUGUUUUUCAUUUCUCACCACAAUGGUGUUGUUGACGCCAAGAAAGGACGUCUGGCUCUGACUCUGGGAUUCUGUAAACCAACUAACUUUACCUACAAAAUAACAUUUGCUGAUACCGGAGAAGAGGUCUUCCAGGGCCAGAAGCUCAAGAACUAUGCUCUACAGCACCAGGGUCAGAACCAGACCACUACUUUCAUCUUCAGAGCCCCCAAAGCUGGACAGUACUACUUCACCAUCUUUGGUCAGCUGCUGACUGGUGAGCUGGGUGUGAAAAACAUCUUCACUGCCUCAGCUGAGUACAAGGUGAUAGCUGAUGCUGCCUCAUCAGAUGCCGCACCCCUCCCAGCAUGCUCAGACAGCAGCUGGGGUCCAGGUGUUGCAGUGGACCAGCUGGGCAUUGUGGCCACGCCCCCAGAUGGUAUUGUCACCACUGAGGAUGGACACGUCAACCUGGAGUUUGCCAAGACCAAGCCUGCGUACAUCCUGUGUAAGCUGCGCAAAAAUGGGAUGAAAGAUGAAGAUUUGGAGAAGUACAUUCAGGAGCAGGACGAGGGUGAUGUUGUCAGGGUAACAGCCCAGCUCCCAGCAAGAGGAGAGUAUGGUAUUGAGGUGUACGGCAAUGACCCAGCUAAAGAUGGCGACACCUACACACACAUCUGUCAGUACUACGUGCACUUUGCCCCCCGUAAUGAGCAGCAAGGAGCUUUCUACCAGGAGAGUCCUGACAGGAGAGGUCUGGCACCUGGACAACAGGCCACCAGCCAACCUGGCAAAUUUAAUGCUGGUCAAAAGAACCAAGAUGGCUACGGAGAUGAAGAGUUCCCUCCACCACCCCCAGAACUCUUGCAGCAGCAGUACUUGUACGGCACUGUGCCUGACAGCAGACAGCAUGCUGUCCAGACCAACCUCGUGCAUCCACAAGGUCAAGCUUACUCUUCAUACGCCCCAGGUGUGGGCCAGACCUCAGGUCAGAAACCACAGAAAGCUGAGGUCAUCCAAAUCCCAGUCAGCACCAAACCUCUACAGGUUGAGAAAAGGCAGGUAGGUCAAGAAGGUCAGGCUGCCCCCUCAUCCUUCCAGCUCCAUGCCAAGUCAGAGAAAGAAGAAGCCCCCACCCCAGCUCCUGCAGGUUCCAACCAGAAGCCCACAUUAGAAGCCAUAGACAGACAUGUUUUACAAUCUGUAGAUGACCAUGCUAUUCAGGUUUCCAAAUCUGAGCACAACAAUUUCAGAGAUUUAGUCUGGGAUUUGAUCUACUCAAAGAACAUCACAAAUGAGCUAGAGAAAGUGAGAGUUAUUUUCCGUUGGUUAGCCACUAAGAAUCUUAAAGAAAUGAACUUUGAUAAAGUUGACAAGGGCAGCCCAGAAGAGGUACUGAUGGGGCUAAAGACAGGAAAAACAACAUACGCUAUGGUUUUUGACACCAUGUGCAACUAUGCUGGUCUUCAUUCAAAGAUAAUUAGUGGGUACGCUAAAGGUGCUGAUUACAGACCAGGUCAGAAGUUCACCCCAGGCACCAAUCAACAUUCAUGGAACGCUGUCUACAUUUAUGGCACAUGGUGUCUGAUAGAUGCUCAUUGGGCUGCCAGACGUAUCAUCGGCAAACAAGCAUCCACUGAAGAUUUCCACUACCAGUUAGAUGAGUAUUUCUUCUUGCCCGACCCCCACCAACUGAUCUACACCCACUUCCCUGAAGAGCCCCAGUGGCAGCUCCUUGAACGCAGUGUCACCCUGCAGGAGUUUGAGUCCAUGCCCCACAUGAAGCCACAGUUCUUCAAGUACGGCCUGGAGUUUGUCACCCACCGCACUGGCGUCAUCCACAGCAGAGGGGAGCUCCACAUUCGUCUGCGCUACCCUGCUGACAAAAUUGCUGUUGCUUUCAACUUCACCAUCCAGUUUGAGGAUGGAAACGAGGAGUACGCAGGUGUUAAACUGAGCAGGUACGGUCUCCAGGAGAGCUCUGGAAGAAUCGCUUCAUUCUCUCUACGUCUGCCAGUUGAGGGCUCGUACAUCCUUUAUAUUUAUGCCAAAGAAGACACACCAGAGAACAAAGACAAUGUGUACGCCCAAGUUUGUGAGUACAAAAUUGAACAGGAGGUGGUUCCAGUCCCUGCCCCUGAGCCCUACCCACCCUGCUCGUACUUAAACUGGGGAGCUGGCUCUGCCUUCUACAGGUACAACCUCAGCACCUACCAACAGACUGCCACACUUAACACCAGAGAAGGCAAAGUUGAAUUACAGAUCAAGAUUCCAUGCAACAUGCAGUUCAUGGCCAAACUAAAGAACAAUCACUUGGCUGACACAGAGCUGGAAGGCUUUGUCCUCCACAGGACAGUAGGCAACACAGCAUACUUCAAUGUCAGCUGUCCUGGUAGGGGAGAAUAUGGGCUGGAGAUUUAUGCCAACAACCCAGAGAAAGAAGGAAGUACCCUCUAUCACGUGGCACAGUACCUGGUCUUGUGUCAGGAAGAUGUUAAGGUUGAACCUCUGCCAGCUCUCCCCCACGGAUACCUGGGCAAACAACAAAGGUUUGAUGAGUUUGGUUUGACCUGCGUGUCCCAUGUCGACCCAGUCAUCCACCUGGAUGUCAACACCGUCACCAUAGCGAUGAAGACCUCCUUCCCCAUGCGCGUGACAGCCAACUUGAUAGCUGUAGAGAACGAUGAAGAGUUCCCCGACUUUGUCUUCUCCAACUGCCUGGGUUCCCAGAUCUCCUUUAUUGUCAACAUGCCAGAGGUUGGCUACUACAAGCUGCAGAUCUACGCCAUGCCACAGUCUGACCCCAGUCAGCAGCUGCCUGGUGUUUUCAACUAUCUGGUCAACUGUAAAAAUGUUACACAGGCUGUGUUCCCAUUCCCCAAGCAGUAUGCUCAGUGGAAGGAAGGCUGCUUCAUGUACGAGCCUGGUGUCAUCCCAACCAACAGAGGACCUCACUCAUCUCAGGUCCAGCUUGACCGUCUCCCCACCAGCAUCAACUUCCGUGUCAGCAUUCCUAAAGCUGAAGCCGUGGCAGUGGUUGCUGGACAGAACUGGACACACCUGGACAGGCUACAGGGUGACGAGUGGGCCAAGGUGGUUGACGUGAAGGGCCUGUAUGGUCAAGGGGUCAAAUGCACAUUGAAUGCCAACUUUGGUGGUGAUAAGACAAGCUAUUCCACCCUGCUGGAAUAUUGUCUCUAGAAAGUUUUUACCAAUGUCAGCAUUCAUGACAUUUUUUAUACCAAACAAAAAUUACUCAAUAUUUUAACUAAUUAAACUAGAUUAUCCAUCUUUAAAGUCAUUUUAAAAUUUUUGCUUGUAUAAUCUCAAUCUAGUAUCAAUUGUUGACAUAUUCAAAUGUCUGCACUCACACAUACACAUAACAUUUCAUGCUUUUGCUGUUAGUGUUGCUUGAAUAUCUUUCAAAAAAUCUUUUAUACACUUCACGUAAUGCCUAGACCACACCUGCUGGAGCCUGUAUGUGGGUUUUUAUUUGUACGUUUAGACACGUCCAAGCUGGGACUGAAGCCAUCUCUGUUUUAGUUUGUUUUUAUUUUUUGUUACUGACCAAUCUUGAUAGAGCCACCAGGGAUCAAAAACUUCAAGCUGUUUUUUUUUGUGUUCUGCCCAAAUUUUUUCUGGCCUUCUUGAUUGUAAAGACAGGGGUUUGUGCUGGCUGAUGCAAUGUAUCUGAUAUGGUUCUUGCGCUAACUGAUGCAUUGUAUGUUUAAAGCCUUGCAUUGACUGAUGCAUUGUAUGUUUAAAGUCUUGCAUUGACUGAUGCAUUGUAUGUUUAAAGUCUUGCAUUGACUGAUGCAUUGUAUGUUUAAAGUCUUGCAUUGACUGAUGCAUUGUAUGUUUAAAGUCUUGCAUUGACUGAUGCAUUGUAUGUUUAAAGUCUUGCAUUGACUGAUGCAUUGUAUGUUUAAAGUCUUGCAUUGACUGAUGCAUUGUAUGUUUAAAGUCAUGCAUUGACUGACUGAUGCAGUGUAUCUGUGUCUAGUCUUGCGCUAACUGAUCCACUGCUUUAGAUCAAUUUACCCUCUCCUCUGGCUUAAUUCAAGUCUUUUUAUAGCAAUACUACUCCAACUUAAUGACAAACAGGGUGUUUUUCUAAAGACACUUAUCCUUUUAAAAUACAUUUCUAUUGUUUUAUACAUUUUUACUUAAGGCUGUGGUUUUAAAACAACAAACAGAUGUGUUUGGAUACUCUCACUGAAACUUUGCUGUGGAGGCAGAGUCUUACAACACACUAAUCUACACUUUUAUCUCGACACAAACCAAAAAACUUGUACCAGCGAAUCAAGUCAUUGGUACACAUUUUUUAAAGCAAUCUUCUGCUAGUGAUACAUUUACUGCCCCCAUUGGAUGUGAUUAUUCUCUUUGUUUAAGAUAUAUUUUUGAAAGUCUGGUUUACUGUAUCUUCAGUGCGUAAAACUCAUGUAUUUUUUUUCUCUUGUAUAACCAUGUUUGUGCUCAUAUACUCACCAGCUUCUCAUUUGUUCAUAAACAAAACAUGUAACCAUUACACAAGUUUUGUUUGUAAUGAUUAGUUGAAAACAAAUUUUGUACUUCAUUUUGAUAAUUUUUUUUAAAAACAUCCAUAAUCAUGUUUUGUUUCGUUUCUUAAAACUAAAAUAGGUGUUUUUAAUGAGUCAGCUCUGUGUACUAAACUUCACUUGUUUGAAAGCACCUCAUUUAGUGAUACAAGCACACACAUAAUACUAACAUCCAUGACAGUUUGGUGGAGUAUGUGUUAGUUUUAAUUAAUUGAGCCAUAACUUAUUGGCAUUCUCGUUUCUGUAAUACGCAUUUUUUUUUUCAAUAUUUUUUUUAUCGUAGAUUAAAAAGAUAUAAAUAAAUCUUUUUUUAAAAAUUGUGAAUAUAUAAGACUUUUACUAUCAAAAAUUGUAUACACAGUUUGUUUUUGCUGCAUGUAUAAAAUGUGUGUAAACAGAGCCAGCCUUUUACUCUAAUGUGAACUUUGAAAUGGGACAAAAAAAAACUUCUUUUACUGGCUGCCAGUUAAGACUGGGCAUUUAUCUUCAUGUUGUUUUUUGUAAGUUAGUUACGCAAAUGCUAUCUCUGCAAUAAAUGCUUCUUCAGUC